AUGAGGGGGAGAGUUUGCGGUCGCGGACGCGCCAGACACAAGGAAGCUAGACCCUCGGAAUCGUCCCUGCCGAUCGCGAUGGUUCUCGCUCACCAGGACGCAUGGAGAAGCCACCCCUUCAUCAGCAACUGCGCCAAGAAGCCCUUCACGGGCCUGGGCCUGGCCUCCGCCAUCUUCGGCGUCUACCUCGUGGUGGACACCAUCACCACGCGCUUCUCGUCGCACGGCAAGGAGGGCGGCGCGCACCCGGAGAUGGACUACGUGCCGCGCGGCAAGUUCCAGUACGAGCGCAACGAGAUCGGCGAGGCCCCGGAGCUCAAGUAA